UGCAAAGUAUUUACGCACUUCCGCUAGUUUACCAACGCGCCACCGGAGAUCGUCGCUGAUAAACAAUUACAUCUCAACGCCGAAAGUUCUUUGUUCGUCUUCAGCGCUAACCUAAGCACCACGAUGGCUGAUAAGAUGAAUAUGUCUCUGGACGACAUUAUCAAGCUGAGUAAGAAAGGAGGCGGCGGCCGCGGAGGAGGAUCGUCCGGGUCGGGUGGAAGUUCAGGUCGGGCCGGUGGUUCGUCUAGGCCGGCGCGGAGUCGACAGAAUAACUUCAACCGUGAGAGAAACAACAGAUCCACACCGUACACCAGGCCCAGAGAGUUACCGGACAAAUGGCAGCAUGACAUGUUUGAGGAGCACGUUGGUGGACGCAGAGGAGACAGUGCGGGAGCAGAAAGAAGUGUAGAAAGUAGUGGCAAGCUGCUGGUUUCCAAUCUGGACUUUGCUGUGUCUGACUCCGAUAUCAAGGAGUUGUUUUCAGAGUUUGGGGCAUUAAACAAGGCAUCUGUACAUUACGACCGGUCUGGUCGCAGCAAAGGAACUGCAGAUGUUCACUUUGAAAAUAUGGCGGAUGCACUCAAAGCCAUGAAGCACUAUAAUGGCGUCCCGCUUGAUGGCCGCCCCAUGAAAGUCCAGCAAGUGACUUCAGAGGUCGACACACACAGUAGACAAUCUACACAAGGUUCAAACCGAGGCUUUGACCGGAGCAGACUUGGACAGCCCAAGUUUGAAAGGAGUGAAAGGAGACAAGGUGGCGGCAGCGGAGGUUUCAGAGGUCGGGGAAGAGGAAGAGGAAGUGGAAACAGACCCCAACUUUCUGCCGAGGAGCUGGAUGCCCAGUUGGAUGCGUACAAUGCCAAGAUGGACACCAGUUAGAAGCGCUCGGAGAGGAUGCUGCUCCUGUCCCUCCCAAUUUUUUUUAAUUUAUGUUAUUUUGUAAAAAUCUGGUUGAUCAGAUAUGAUGGAUCGGACCUUUAUUACACUUGUGUUUUGAAGCCAUUUUAUUGUAUGGACAGUUGUAUGCUGUUGAUUUUUUUUUUUUUUUAUAUUUCUCAGUAUUUUUGUAGCCUUAGUUUUCUGGUGCAGUUUUUAUGUUUUGAGGAUUCCUCUCCUGGGCCACCAGCUCCUGCGCGCUUUUCCAAAUGUAUGGACAAUUUCUUUAAAUCUGCAACAAGAUCGAAUUUUUUUUUCUUUUUUUUUUUUUAAAUCACGUAAACAUGAUUCAAUGGUUUGACAGACUGUUUUAAUGUAAUGUUAAAAUUGUUAAAUGUUAUAGUUCUGUCAUUUGAUACGGUAUACUUGACACAUGGACAUUUCAAAGAGUUUUGUACAUAAAUAAUUAUAUUGAAUCGUUUUUAAUGGUUUUUUAUUUUGAAAUGUCUCCUCUCAGACAGAAAGUGCUGUUGCUCUUCACUGUGACAUUAUCUGCUUUUUAAAAGAAAUGAAUGGAAUCCAAAUGAA